AUGAAUCUUCCCUUGAUCCAAGCUGUGCGCAUCGUGCAGAUCAUCUUCGGUCUGAUCGUACUCGCGCUGGCCGCUUAUGUGAUCAGCUCCUUUAGCUGGUGGUCCUCCUCCAGCACGGUCGACUUCAUGCUCUUUCUAGGCUGCUGGACAAGCUUCGUGGCUGUCCCUUACCUCGGCGCUGCCCCGAUCUUCUUCCCCCGCUUCGCACACCACUUCGUGAUUCCCGCCGUCGAGGUGAUCACCAUGAUUUUCUGGUUCGCCGGCUUUAUCGCGCUCGGUGCGGAGCUGCCUUCGCCUGCGUACUGCACGUGGAGUGCAUGCCAUGCUCUUCAGGCCGCCACUGUCUUCGGCGCACUUGAAUGGGUUCUCUUCUGUGUGACGACCUACUUCGCCAUCGUCGAUCUCAUGAAUCACCAGCGCAGCGGUGAAAGUGUCCAGAAGACGCAGCACAACGCCCAUCUUGGCGUGUAG